AUGGAAAGAGGCUGGUUCCAUGGGAAAGGAUUCCUCCUCGGCUUCAUCCUCCACCUGCUGCUCCAGGAUUCACAUCUUCAACUGGUGACAUCAUUCCUGUGGCUAAAUAUGUGGAACCCAGAUGAAUGCAGAGGCAUCAAGAAGUCCGGCAUGGCAACUGAGAACCUAUGGCUUUCAGAUGUCUUCAUCGAGCAGUCUGUGGAUCAGACACCUGCAGGUCUCAUGGCUAGUAUGUCAAUAGUGAAGGUCACAUCAAAUACAAUAAGCCAAUGGGGGUGGUCAGCAUCUGUAAACUGGACACCUUCUAUUUCCCCUUCCUUGAACAGAGCUGCACGCUCUCCUUCAGCUCUUUCACCUACACAGGUUACCUGGGCAUGGAGAAGGACGUCCAGGAGCUUUCAGAUACAUCACAGAACCUCAUUCAGAGCAAGGAGGGAGUGGGUACUGCUGGGUAUCCACCAAAGAGCAAUAAAAGUGACCAUGGCCACUAACCAGUAUGAACAAGCCAUCUUCUAUGUGGUCAUCAGGUGCAGGCGCAGGCCCAGCCCCUACGUGGUAAACUUUCUGGUGCCCAGUGCCAUUCUGGUUGCCAUCGACGUCCUCAGUUUCUACCUGCCACUGGAAAGUAGGAACUAUGCCCCACUCAAGACGACUGUUCUGCUGGGCUACAGCGUAUUGCUCAUGAUGAAUGACUUGCUCCCAGCCACUGGCACUUCAUCACACACUUCAUCAGUACAUCCUCAUCCACCAAGAGAGCAAAAGCGAGGUGUCUACUUCGCCCUGUGCCUCUCCCUGAUGGUGGACAGCCUGCCGGAGACCAUCUUCAUCACCCACCUGCUGCACGUGGCCACCACCCAUCCCCCACCCCUGCCUCGGUGGCUCUACUCCCUGCUGCUCCACUGCACCAGCCCAGGGAGAUGCUGUCCCACUGCGCCCCAGAAGGGAAAUAAGGGCCUGGGUCUCACCCCCACCCACUUGCCUGGUGUGAAGGAGCCAGAAGUAUCAGCAGGGCAGAUGCCAGGCCCUGGGGAGGCAGAGUUGACAGGGGGCUCAGAAUGGACAAGGUUCCAGUGGGAACAUGAGGCCCAGAAGCAGCACUCGGUGGAGCUGUGGGUGCAGUUCAGCCACGUGAUGGACGCCCUGCUCUUCUGCCUUUGUCUGCUCUUCAUGGCCUCCUCCAUCCUCACUGUCAUAUGCCUCUGGAACACCUAG